AUAAUAAAAAAAUUCGAUCAAUCAAUCAAUCAAUAUCAUACAGUGAUCCAUUGAAUGUUGGAAAAAAUGAACAUCUAAAAUAUUUGUUGUAAUCAAAACGACGAUUUGUUACAAUUUUUUUUUCUACACCCCCCCUCAAACAAACGACAACAAUAUCAACAGUGGUUGUUGAAGAAAAAAAAACUAAAAGAAAAAAAAAUGUUGGAAACAAUAGAAAAAUUACGUAAAGGAUUCUGGAAUGAAGACGUGUGGACACCACCGAAUGCAACAUGGAAAAUGUAUGAAACAAAUGGUUAUCGUCAUUUUAAUGAUUUAUAUUAUUCUGCAUAUACGGCCGUUAUUCUGAUUAUAAUACGUAUAAUUUUUAAUCGUUUUCUAUUCAUACCAUUGGGCAUUUGGUUAGGCCUACCGCCAACAAGACCACGUCCACCACCAGCUAAUAAAAUAUUGGAACAAACAUAUCAUCAAACAAGAGGAAAAUUAUCCGAUAAACAACUAUCAGGAUUGUGUAAACAAUUGGAUUGUAAUGAACGAAAAAUUCAACGAUGGAUGCGGCUUAGAUCGACACAAAGUAAACCAACAAUUUUGUCCAAAUUUACCGAAAGCGCUUGGCGAUGUUUAUUCUAUUGUACCAUGUUUACUUAUGGCCUCGUUGUAUUAUGGGAUAAACCAUGGAUGUGGGAUUCCGCUUGGUGUUUUAUUGAUUAUCCACAUCAUUUUGUUUCAAGUGAAGAAUGGUGGUAUUAUAAUAUUGAAUCCGCAUUCUACUUAGCAUUAUUAUUUUCACAAUUUGUUGAUGUUCAACGAAAGGAUUUUUGGGUAAUGUUUGUCCAUCAUGUUGUAACAUUAUGUUUGUUAAGUUUUUCAUGGGCAUGUAAUCUGAUUCGUAUCGGCACAUUGGUAUUAGUUAUACAUGAUUUUGCUGAUAUUCCACUUGAAGGCGCCAAAAUGAUGGCCUAUGUAAAGAAACAACAAAUUGCUGAUGUUGUAUUCAAUGUAUUUGCAUUGUGUUGGAUUAUAUCACGUAUCGGUUUACUGCCAUAUAGAAUUAUCUAUUAUUCAUCAUAUGUGGCCGUUGGUUUGGUUCCUAUGUUUUCUGCCUAUUAUAUAUUCAAUUCAUUACUUAUUGCAUUGCAAAUACUUCAUAUCAUAUGGACAUAUUUCAUAAUACGUGUUGCUAUUCAAGCUUGGAAUAAUAAUGGCAUUAAAGAUAUUAGAUCCGAUGAUGAAGAUGAAGAAGAUUUUAUCGAAGAAGAUGAAGAAGAAGAAGAUGAAGACGAAGAAAUUGUAGCCGAUAAUGAUGAAUUAAUGUUUAAUAAUGAUUCAUUAAAAUUGAAAAAUAAUGGUAAUACUCAUUUCAAGUCAUUGAAUAAUGAUUUUCAUGAUCAUCAUGAUCAUCAUCAUCAAACCAAAAUACAUUCGAAUGGAUUAUUAAAACAUGGUUAAUCUGAAUGAAUCUGAAUGGGGGG